UCUGUGCUCUUCCUGUUUCGGAAUUUUCUACCAAGAAACUCUCCGAAAAUGGGUGGGAUCAUGAGCCGAGGGAACUCUGGAAACGAUGUUGUCGAAAUAAGAACAAACAAUGCUUACAGAUAUCCUCCGAAGACAGGGAGUUAUUUUGGUGGCCACUUCAUCAUGGGCGGCGAAAGGUUUGACAUGACCCAGCCAGAGGCCUAUCUCUUUGGAGUAAAUCAAGACCUCAAUUUCCUGGGGAACAGACCUAUUCCAUUCCCAUACCCUUCACCAGCAGGCAAUGAGCCGACAAAAACAUUGAAGAGUUUGGUGAACAUCAGGAAGGACUCACUGAAGUUUGUGAAGGUAGUUGAACCACAGAAGAAGGGUGAAGAUAAAUCUGACAAAGCAGAAAAAACAGACAAAGCUGAUAGAAAAGUGAGCACAGAGGGGGAGGAAGGAAAUCAGACAGAAGAGCCAGUGGAAGAGGAAGUAGUUCACAAAUACAAUGUGGAGUUCACAUUCGAUGCUGAUACCAAAUGUGCUAUAACUAUAUAUUACUUUGCUACUGAAGAAAUAGCUGGGGGCCAAAUCAUGUAUCAUCCACGAGAUGCAUCCAUGAACUCUGAGACAUUCCAUUAUAAGAGAGGAGCAAACCAAGUGUUCAACCAGAGCACACACAUUGUCGUUCCUCAGAGAUUUCCUGAAGAAGAUUGGCAGUACAGUGUGGACAAAGAUCUGAUCCCUGUGGUGAUUCAGUGUGUGGUCGAAGAGGAAGAAAAUGUGGGUCACUCUCACAUCACUUUUGCUGUGGUGGAAAAGGCAGCAGAUGGGUUCGUUAUAAAACCCCUCAAACAGAAGCAAUUUGUGGACGGUCUGUGUUACUUGCUGCAGGAGAUUUAUGGAAUUGAAAACAAGGCAACAGAAAGGUGCAAGCUUGACCCAGAUGACGAGAUGGAGGACACAGGGUCUGAGUGUGUGAUCUGUAUGUCUGACACACGGGACACUUUGAUCCUGCCCUGUCGUCACCUCUGUCUGUGUAAUGGCUGUGCCGAGUCCCUCAGGUACCAGUCCAGUUGUUGUCCUUUCUGCAGAGCUCCGUUCAGAGCCCUUCUACAGAUCCGGGCCAUGAGAAAGAAGCAGGCUCUUGCCAUACAACAAGUACUGCCUGAAUCUGAUGAGAACCCAAUCAGCCAGGAAGGUGUGCCCCCAGGCUAUGAGGCUGUCUCCCUAAUAGAGGCCCUCAAUGGUCAGGUCUAUCCACCAUUACCACCUAACCCUCUACAGUCCCUCCAGGAAGGAAUGGUCCAUUCACAUCGUGUGUCAGAAGAUGGUCCCAAGUCAGACAAGAGGAGAUCUGUGAAAAGGAGGCAGUCUGAGGAGCGUGCCCCCAAGGAUACGUGUGCGGAGUCAAAAGAGGACAAAGUGACGACGACAGAAGACCUGGGUGAGGGUUUGGAUGGGAGAGGCACCCCCGAGGUUGUCAUGACAGACCAGUCACCUGACCCUGUCAAGUCCACACGAAAGUCACCCAAAAAAUCCUCUGUGCCUAAAGUCAGAUAUGUCCAGAAGGGUUCCCAGUCUGCCCCCGUCUCCCCAGAGACUGAGAUAAUAGAUAUGAAGACAAAGUCAGCCUCAGUAGAGAUGGUGCGGGAGACAUCUGAGGACAUAGAUCACGUGGCUGACAGCGUAGUUUUACAGAUCCCGUCCGUUGAUCCUACAGAAGUCCCAGCCCAGCCUGGAUGUGACCCAUCAGCAGUUGGUGUGGACCUGACCGCAGGGGAUGAUGCAGAUGAUGAAAGGGAGAGCACUGAGGAGGAGGAUGAGCCAGUCCCAGAUUAUGAGGGCCCAGAGUUGCCUGCUGCUGACUAUGCCACAGUGGAUCCGCUGGAGGUAAGAUUCCGCUCCACACCUCACCGAAAAGUGUUCUAUGAGAAGACGGAAGAGAAAGAGGAGAACGGGGAACAGUGUUACCAGCCGCUGAGUUUGACGGAGACUCUGUCACUGCCGGGAACCCCUGUUAGUACAGAUGUUUCUAGUUACGGUAGUACCACAAGCACACACAUGUUACUGUCAGGUACCACAGCUCCUAAAGAGGAUUAUCCGAAUUCCUCGGGAUAGGACCGUAGCCGACCACAAAAAGUUUGUCAGAACCUUGCCAAAGUUUCCAGCCCGGGAAGUUUUGCAUUUCAGUUGAGGCCAGUGUUGAAAAAGAACUUUUUUUUUUUUAAAAGCAGUCUGAAUACGGAUGUCAUUGGAUAAAUAUCAAUUUUGGAUUUUGACUGAGGCCCGUAUUCAACGAGGUUAGAAUCCAGACAUCAAGGUGUAGUGUUCAAGGCGUAAAUCUUUUGUUCACCUUUUAUGAUUUUCACUUCUGUAAAAAAUUACUUGUUCUCUUGACAUACAUUUUGUUUAUAAAUGAUUAACAUAUGAGUUGUAACCUGAAAAGAGAAGAUCUGAAAAGCAUAAACAAAGCAUCAAAUUUUGGAAAGUUUCAAAGUUUCUAAGUGCAUGCAUAUUGUAGCUGAACCAACAUAUGCUUAAAGUCUCCUCUUAUGCCCUGUGGAUAUAAAGUCAGCGUGUUUUCACACGUCUCACACGUCAAGAUGAUUUUAUUGUGCUUUAUCUGGUAUUUAAAUCUUGAUUAGUUCCUCAGUAUUUGGAAGAUCUUAAAACAAAAAUAUCAUGCAGAUCUGUAGAUGUUGUUCAGCAGAUGGAAAAAAAGCCCAAUUUUUAGUAAGUGAAGUACAAGGGGGUGCCCUGUUCAGCUGUUUCUUUGUGUUUUAUUAUUGUAUUGUGAAUCUUACCACUUACCAUCAGGUAUUAAUCAUGUAAGUGUUUGCAUUGUACAGAUGUGUGUUAUUAUUAUUUAAGUGUAGUAGCCAGUCUUUAGAUUUUUUUUGUUUAAUUAUUUUUUUCCCCCUUUUCCCAUAUUUUGGCUAUUUGCGUAGUUUUGUCACCCUUUGUCAUGCCUCUGGCAACAUCAUCGGAUGGAGAUCAUGGGUUUGAUGUUAAUGUUACCCUUUCAGUUUUGUACACACAUGGAAUUUCCAUGAAAGUAAUACAAAGUUUUUCAUUUUCAUGUAAUUCCAGAUAAUUUGCCUAGAAAUAUGAUUACAUAUUGCAUUUUUUUUGAGGGACAUUUACUGUGGCCUGAUGCAUAAACUAUCUUCAGACAUUGUCUCCUUGUUGUAGUCUUGAUGUUCCUUACCAUUUUGACCUCUACCCAAUGUCAUGAUGGAAAAUAAUUUUGAACUUAUUUGUUGAAUUGAACAAAGAUUAAUAUUAUAAUGUUUGAUUUUUGUUUUAAGCAAUGUAUUGAAGUAUAAAUUCAAAUACAGCGGCGUAUGUUUACAGGGAUGUAAAUGCACUCUGUAACAUGCACACUGUAACAGCAGACCAUUCCAGAAACUCUAAACAUGGGGUGGCUGAAAUACUGCCAAUGUGGCUUUAAGCCAUAAUCAUUUUAUUCCUUGCAGAAACUCAAACAAGCACCCUGUCUAAAAUGUUGUUUACAUCCAAACCACAUCAGUAAAAGGUCAAAGUUUGUUUUCGUUCUCUGUUCGCCCUUGCUUUCAGGUGUGGUUUGGAAAAUUGACAAAGCUGUGGUGAUUGACAGGUGAUCUAAACAGACCAUGAUUACGCAAUUAAUUCAUUGAACACAAUUGUAUACAUACUCAAGAAAAUGGAAAGAAUCAAGAGCUGCUAUGGCAGUUGCAUUAGUGAUGCUUUUAUGUGUUUUUGUAUACCGUUAUUCUCACCUCAUAAAAUAUGGUGUAUGCAACAUAGUUGUGAUAACCAAAGUUAUAAGUUGUAAAACAAAAAAUUACAAAUGUAAGGCUGCAUAGUGUAUCACAAUUUUGAACUUUCUCAGGAUAACUUAAGCCAGCCUAAAGAAGUAAUAAAGAGGUCAAGCUAAGCAUUUCAUUCAGACAACUAAAAUUGUCUGACGUUUUUAAAACGUUCUGACAAGAUUCUUCUCAGUCAUGUUUAAUAUUCACGCUGGGUUUAGUGCCUUAGAUAAGA